AUGAAUAUUUUUAGUAAUAAUAAAGUUCUAUAUAGAAAUUAGUGUAAUCAAGGCAGUGUUAAUUUAGAGAACAUUAAUUUAAUCGAUUUAAAUGAACACCCAAAAAUUGAAAUAAAAGAAUUUUCAGCGUAAAUAUUUAUUUCAAAUAUUAGAAAUUCAAGUCAAAAGUAUUUUGAAAGUAGUUAAAACAAUCAAAGAAGAGAUCAUAAUUAUUUCAUAAUUAAACCCUUAUUCUAAUAAUAGAUUAAAAUAGAUUAGUCUUCUCAAUCAUUCAUUGAUUUGGAUUAAGAAUCUGAUUAAAAAAUAUUUCAAGAAUUGUUUGAAUAAUAUUAGAUGGAAACAAUUUAAUUAGAUAAUUAAUUGGAUAAUUAUUCUUAUGAUUAUUUAUUAUUAUUCAAUCAUUCACAAUUCUAUUAUAAAUCAAAUAGUUUCUCUUAUUAUUAAUUAUCGAAAAACAUUAUUCAAUUAAUUGGAAAGCUUUAUGAUUUAUAACUUGAUUUAAAUAACAAUCCGUCAUUUCUAAUAUAAUAAGGCAAAUUUGUAAUUUUUUUGGAAAAUAAAAAAUUUAAUUUAAUUGGUUUUGGUGUUGAAUAUUGUGGAAAAUCAAAGAUUAAGAAAUAUGAAGGUGAAUUUGAAAAUGGAAAGUAUAAAUAAAAUGAACUAAAUAAAAUAAUUUUUUAAGGAUCAUAGAGUGCACCAAUUAGAAAAAUAUUUAUUUAUGAUGUUUAGAAUGGAAAUUUAAUAAAUAAAGAUCAUUAAAAUUAAAAUAAACAAUAUGAAGAAAAAUAAAUUGAGAAUUGGGUGAAAUAUAAUUAAUAAAUUUCAACAGAAGAUGUAAAAAUUUUAAAGUAAAAUGGAAGAUUAACAAGUAGUAUAAUAGAUAGUUAUGUUUUUUAUUUAAAUCUAUAAAGUGAAAAUGAGUAUUUUACAAAGGUUAGAGAUAAAUCAAGAAAAAUAUACAAAUUAUUACUCUUGACAACUGCUCUAACAACAAAUUUUGGAGAAAAUUACACAUUUUAGAAAGCUAAGGACUUAUUUGAAGAAGAAUUACUUUAAUUUUAAGAAAUAAAUUAUGAAAUCAAAAAAAUCUAUCAAUAAGUAGGGUUUCCAAUUAAUAAAUACAAUAAUCAUUGGUAUUUUAUUCUUUUUGAUUUGAAUAUUAAUAAAUGCUUGAUAUUUGACUCCCUGAUAAAUCCAAAUAGUUUCUAUAAUUAUGAUAAAUAUCUUAUAUAAACUCUCUAAUAACUACUAAAGAUCUAAUUAUUGGAAAUUCAAUUGAGUUAGUAUUCAGGAUAAUAAAUAGAUAAUUAUUCAUGUGGGUAUCAUGUUUGUUAAUUCAUGAAAUACUGUCAAAAAGUUCAAUUUUAGGUUAACAAGAAAUACUCAUAUGUCAGAACAAAAAUUGUAAAACAUUUAGAGAAAAUUAUUGCAAAAAAUGACACUGAAGUUAAAUCUUAAAAAUAAGUAUGA